GUAGAUUCUAUGCGUGAGCAUCCGUAUUAACUUAUAAAAAUAAUAUAACGCCCACAACAAACAAAUUAAAAAUAAAAUUAAAAAAAAUACAAAUUAAAUUAUUUCCCUUGAAUUUUUUUAUAAAUUAUUUAGCAUGCGCAAAUCUUUACCCACAUUACCAAGAUCCUCUCUUACUUAACUUUGUAGGAGUAUUUUUUUUGUGAUGUUUUUUUUCUCUGUUAAAUCUUCCCUAAAACACGGAUCUUACUGGAUUCUCUAUCCGUACUAAUACCAUUCCUUACUUCACUGAUUCGUGCUCCACAAACAUUCAUUUUAUUCCAUAAAAAAUUUAUUUUUUAGUGCUGGAAGUAGAAAUAAAUGAAAAGAUAUAAUUUUUUGAAGAAAUAAAUCAGAUAUUGUAUAAUCUUAAUUACAUUCACAUUAAAACUCCUGGGAAUUUGAUUCUUUUGAAAAAGAAUUUGUGGGUAAAUACAUUUGAGCUGUUGUUGUACACUGAUUAACCAAAAAGUUUGUGAAAAAAAUGGAUUUUUGGAAAUGGGUUUUUCUGGGUUUGGUUUAUUUUGUUACAUUAUUGGUAAUUGUUGAAGGGUUUGAAUAUUCAAAUGUGAGUCACAUUUCAUACAUGGAGUCUUAUGAAGUUUCUGAUGCUCCUCAACCUCUUAUGGUUCCUAUUACACUUAUUGAUGGAGCUGAUUCAAAGGGUGCAGUUUGCCUGGACGGAACAUUGCCUGCAUAUCAUUGGGACCAUGGAUUCGGGUCAGGGGCCAACAGUUGGCUUAUUCAGUUAGAAGGAGGAGGCUGGUGUAAUAAUGUUAGAACAUGUGUAUACAGGAAAACCACUCGACGUGGGUCAUCUAAGUAUAUGGAAAAGAGCUUAGCAUUCACCGGAAUAUUGAGCAAUAAGCCUGAGGAAAAUCCAGAUUUUUUCAAUUGGAAUAGAAUAAAGCUUCGAUAUUGUGAUGGUGCCUCUUUUGCUAGUGAAGGCCAAGAUGAGGUUCACCAGUUGUAUUUUAGAGGUCAACGUAUAUUUUCAGUUGCCAUGGAAGAAUUCAUGGGGAAGGGAAUGCGAAACGCUGAUCAGGUUCUUCUUUCUGGGUGUUCUGCUGGGGGUUUAGCAUCUAUAUUGCACUGUGAUGAAUUCAAAGACUUGUUUCCAGGAGAAACAAAAGUGAAGUGCCUGAGUGAUGCAGGACUCUUCCUUGAUGCAAUGGAUGUUUCAGGAGGACAUACCUUAAGAGACUUCUACCAUGGUGCCGUUACCUACUUGGGUGUAGGGAAGAAUUUGCCCCCUUCCUGUACUAACCGCUUGGAUCCAACUUCGUGUUUUUUCCCUCAAAAUUUAAUCGCCAACAUUACGACACCUUUAUUCAUCCUCAAUGCGGCUUAUGAUGCGUGGCAGGUUCAGGCGAGUUUAGCUCCAAGAUCAGCUGAUCCUCAUCACUUGUGGGAUGAAUGCAAAAUGAACCAUGCACAAUGUUCUGCAUCACAGAUGCAAUUUUUUCAGAAAUUCAGAGUUCAAAUGCUAAAUUCCGUAAAAGCUUUCAGAGCAUCCCGGCAAACUGGACUUUUCAUCAAUUCUUGUUUUGCUCAUUGCCAAACGGAGAGGCAGGACACAUGGUUUGCCGAUGAAUCUCCUGUUCUCCAAAACAAGCCUGUGGCCAUAGCUGUUGGAGACUGGUACUUUGACCGAAUGCCCAUUAAACUUAUUGAUUGUGCAUACCCUUGUGAUACUACUUGUCACAACUUGAUUUUUCGAUGAGACAGACUCAUCACCGGUAGCUUCAUUCUCAUCUUCGUCUGCCUCAGGGAUUCAUUACAACACCGCGUUGCUGCUAAUUCUGCUGCUCAUUCAAGUCGUAAUUGUAUUUUGAUGUUACUCAAUAAUUAGCUAAGAUCUUGAUUUGAUAAUAGGGGCCGAAAAGUCGGUUUUCCUAAUCGUAUUCUUAAAGUGGUUCCUCUUCUUAGCAACCUUAAGAGAGUCAUUUUAUCUCUGAGGCAUUGUUUCAAAAGUAUAUAACUUUGUGUUUGAGGAAAUGAAGCUUCAAUACCUGGUCAUGAAAAAGUAUUCAUUAACUAGAAAAAGCAUUUGAUUCAGUUUUAUAUGAUAUGUAGUAUUGUCUUUGUUGUGGUUAUCCGGUGAAUGUUUAUGUUCUACUUUUUGUGUCUUUUGAUAGUGUGUGUAAGUCAUAAGAUAUAAAGGAGUCUCAACUUUAAGCUUAAUUUUCUGGUUGAAUUGGUUUAUUAACUUGCUAUUAAAUGCUUUAGUUAAGGGUUUGAAGCCUAUCCACCUGUUAUUUUAAGUGGUAUAUUAUGAAACUAUAACUACCAAGCUUAAAAUUUUUAAU